UGAUGAAGUCAGAAAAGUGGGCGGAGACAGAAAGAGGGGGCUCGAGCAGACACAAUUCAGUCCCGUGAGCAGGUCACAGAAGUAAACAUAAAAACAAAGCCCACGCUCCGCGCGCUCUGGUGUGUCUAAUGUGUCGAGCAGUUUCCUCCGUCGUCUCACAAAGUGCCGCCGCUGUCUGUCAGCGGCUUUGACGCGGGCCGCCAGCAUCCUCUCCGGCAUCCACAAGUGAAUGAGGAGGGCCGGUGGCCCACAGGGAGGGGUCGUUUGCUUCCAGGGCUGCCUCCUCCUGGAUGGAGCAGGCAGCGAUGGCCAUGGGAGAUGUCUCGAAAAAAGCAUCGACUCGGAACCUCGCGGUGGAGAGGAAAAACCUCCUCACGGUCUGCAGGUUUUCAGUUAAGACCCUGCUGGAGAAAUACACGGCCGAGCCCAUCGAUGAUUCAUCAGAAGAGUUUGUCAAUUUCGCCGCCAUCCUUGAACACAUCCUCAGCCACCGUUUCAAAGGCUCUAGUAGCUGGUUCGAUGGUCAGAGGAGUUACUGGGACUAUAUCCGCCUGGCUUGUGCUAAAGUCCCCAACAGCUGCAUUAGCAGCAUUGAGAGCAUGGAAAACAUCAGCACCUCACGAGCCAAGGGCCGAGCCUGGAUGAGAGUAGCUCUGAUGGAGAAGAGGCUAUCUGAAUACAUCGCCACUGCUCUGAGGGACAGCAGGACAACCAAGAGGUUCUAUGCAGAGGGAGCCAUCAUGUUAAGAGAAGAAGCUACAGUGCUAACAGGGAUGCUAAUAGGUCUUGGAGCUAUAGACUUUAGCUUCUGUUUAAAAGGGGAGGCCCUGGAUGGGAAAUCUCCUGCAGUGAUUGACUAUACUCCAUACUUGAAAUUUACACAAAGCUAUGAUUACCUGAGCGAUGACGAUGAUCGGCAGAGUGUUGACAGCAGCGCGAGUGACGACAGCGUCCCUGAACAUCCUUACAUCCCCCUGGUCACAGACGAGGAGAGCUGGAGCACAAAGUGUCGCAAGAUGGAGCAGAGGUUCAAGAUUGUCAAUGCACAAAAGGGUUACCUGGAGGAGCUUGUGCGUCUGCGUGAGUCACAGCUGAAGAACACAGAGAUGGAGAACAAGAGGCUAAAGGCCCGGCUGGAGGAGCUGCAGACCCAGAGCCAACAGGAGAAAAGGGAACUAGAGGCCAUUGUCUUGGAGCUUCAGGAGCAACUGACAAGCUUGAUUCCGUGUGACUCCAACCACUUGGCGAAAAACCUCUCAAUCCCACUCGUCAACCAGUGGCCAACGCUCGAGCCGUUCGACAGCCAAGAGGACUUGAAGCUGUUUCGCAGGAGGAGUUUUCCAAGCACAGAGCUGCUGUCAGUGGAGGUCAGCCUGGAUUCUGACUCUCAGAGGACUCAUGAGAAACAGAAUGGGAGGGCCUGGUGCACAGAAAAGGACUACACCCCCUCCAUGAUGGGCCUGUGUGGGUCCUUGGCGUCCUUCCCAAGCUGCAAAUCUCUGACUAGCCUGAAGUCCAGCGAGUGCCUGGUCAACAUCAGCACAGAGAACAGUCCUGCCCUCUCUCCCAGCUAGGGGGCACCAAAGAAACACUGCCAAGAAACAUUAAGACGCUCCGGCGUGAAAAUAAAACGACUGUUCUCGGUGGGCGGACAGAUGCUUGACAGACUUGAGUCCCUUUACUUUUAAAACCCAGCACUCUCUCAGCUUACACCUGUUGUGGAAGAGCAGCCUGCACGCUCUCUGGGCUUGUGCAGCCAAGAUACAGGAGCAAGCUGCCGCACUGCCUCAUGGCCUCCUACAGCGUCAUUGCCUUUCAUUGUCGUGACAUCAUUAAGCCUCCUGCACUGUAAAGCAGCUGGUUUAAGUCUGACCCUCCUUCACUUACAGUCACCCAUCUGAACCGGUCACCUUCAUCGAAGCUCGCUGUAGGGUCGUUCUGUGUGUCGCUGUCCUUUUGUCUGUGUCUUAUCGAUCUGUCAGCCUAUCUUACUCUGCCUGUUGAAUAACACUCACAAGAUGGGUGAGCUGCUAUAUCCUUAUGGAGAAACAGCCCUAUUAUAUACUGUUACAGGAGCAUGAAAAGAUUUUAGAACAGAAGCUUUUAAUGUGGCGAGUCAGAUGGUUUAUGAUGAAGAUUAUUUAAAAAAAUAAAUAACAGAAGCUACUUUAUGAUAUUAAAAUCAAUGACAGUUUAGACCUUAUUCAAUCAUACGCUAGGUUAGACACACAGGCUACAGAGAUGCCACAGUGUGAACAUUAAAAAAAAACAGAAAUCUGUUGCAUACAAACGCAGAGUUUAUUGUGACUAUGCAGAAUGAGUGUUGUCCUUGUCUUUUUCUACAAACCUAGCUUGAUAGAAUAGUUUGAGCAGGAGAGAAAUAGUGAAUGUGCAACAUGCGUAUGCCAUUUUUUUUCUUUCUGUGAGCUUUCCUUUUCUGUUACAGUUACGUCCACGACAUACUCACCUGUGUCAGUCACACAUGUGUAAAUUGCUUUUUAAUGCGGCGUUUUUGAGAGUUGGGAAACGUUUAAAACUGCAAUAAAACUGCCUUUUUUUGAAACAUUAAAUGUGCUUAUGUAUUUAAUGGAUAUACCAUCAGCAUAUCUACCGCUUCGAUCCAGGCUGAAAUCGCUCAGUUCCUAUCCUAUGAGAAUAGUUCCUCUAAGCACUACAGCUAAUCCUCAGGGAUGCUUUCUGUUGCGCCACCAGCAGGUCAGAGUUUUAAAUGGCGAGUGAAGAAUCUAUAAUCUAUUAGAUGGACUGUCAUAGCAUUUUGUACAGACAUUAAUCAAGGUGCUGGGAUUAUCUACCACACUGUUGUACAUUAUCCCCUGAUUUAUAUAAUUACUAAGUACUUUUGCAUGAAUUGUUCUUUUAGCUUCUGAGUUCUCCCAAAUAUUUUGUAGCACCAUAAGGUUGACAAAUCUGAUCUCUGAUAAAAUUUGGACAUCAUGAUAUCGUGUUACCUAGACUUUCCUGCACAUAUUGUCCAUGAUCUGACUGCACUUAGACUACACCUAUCCAGUGACAUGUUGAUUUUGGCAUAAUGGGUUGUUUUAAUACUCAGACACAAAUGGGGGAAAAGAACGUACAUAUCAUAAAAAAGAAUCUGGUCCUUAGCAGGUCUUAAAAUUGGGUAUAUACAACCUCAUGUUAAACCCACAGCAGGUUACUAGCAAUAACAAAAAACUUUUUUCAAUGAAAAUUAAGAAAAACAAAUCUUUUUUUCACAGUCAGUCGCUCCCCAAUCUCAACAACAGACCAAUGACCAUUUCACUGCAACCAAUCAAAAGCACACUAAGUGAUCAGACACCAUCAAUGAGUUCCACACCUAAUUAGUUUUACUGUAGCCCAUGAAAAACAGAGACCAGGCUGAAUAAAAUCAAUAGGAUUUGUAACGAGGAAGCAAGCAUAUAUUCAA